AUGCGCACUUUUGGGGUAGCAGUUAUUGCAUCACUAUCAACAACAGUGGUUCAUGCUCAAAAAGCACAUGUACCACAGAUCAAAGACUUUACUUUGGCAUGGGCUGAUGACUUCGUCGGCCGCCGUGGAACUCUUCCUGACCCCAGAACUUGGAUCGUGGAUGUUGGAACUAGCUAUCCUAACGGCCCGCCAAACUGGGGAACGUGGGAGCAGCAAACCUAUACAAACAGCCCGAAUAACCUCAAUGUAACUGGAGAGGGGACUCUUCGGAUCACAGCUCUCAAAUCCACAGCUGGGGCAUGGACGUCUGCGCGCAUAGAGAGCCGGCAGACUUUCAUGGCGAGGCCGGGGAAGAAAAUGCGGAUACAAGCCAGUCUGAAGCUCCCUAGCCUCGGAAGCCAAGGCGUUGGCUACUGGGCGGCAUUCUGGACAUUGGGCGCGGACUAUCGCGGCAACUACUGGAACUGGCCUGAGGUUGGGGAGAUUGAUAUUGUCGAGAACGUCAAUUCUCUCAACCGUCUCUGGUGGGUUCUUCACUGCGGUACACAACCAGGCGGGGUGUGCAACGAACCGAGCGGUCUUGGUAACAGCAAAGCCUGCCCUGCCUUCGCCCCUUGCCCUGGCGUCUUCCGCACAUAUGCCAUCGAAAUUGACAGAUCCAAGUCUACCGAGGCUCUUCGUUGGUAUGUCGACGGCGCCCUGGUUCACACAGUUAGUCAGACACAGCUGCCAGCGUCUGUUUGGAAACAGACUGUGCAGAAACCUCACUUCAUCUUACUCAAUUUGGCUAUUGGUGGAAAUUUCCCCGACGCGAUUUAUGGCUCGAAAACGCCCCUUCCUAAUACAGCUUCAGGGGGAACAUUAGAAGCACAGUAUAUUGCUGUAUACAAUUCUCGUUAA